AUGGAUACUUUGUGCAAAGCAUCCGGCGGUGUGCGGGUGCAUGGAGAUUGCGAUGAGUUCAUGCAUCACGUCAUGCUGGCUUUGUUGGGGGAGGAGCAGUUCAAGGACUGGGAGGCUUCCCUGAGCGAGAAACACGCCCGGUACGCCUCCCAGCGCCCAACGGUUGGGAAACAACGGGGCGAUAUUUUCGCAGCUUGGCUCGACAUUCUCAGCCUGGAUUCUGCAAGUUGCAGCAUCAGUUCGUCGGAGCCAGCCUGCUUUGAGCACCGAGGUCAAGAAAGUUUGAUAUUCUUGCUGCUUGGAGUGAUGACGAGCUGA